AAAAUGUUUUUUCAGUUUCAUUUUAAGGCCCUAUCUAAUGUUUAUAAAAUUAACAAGGCAACAGGUUUUAAAUAACAUACAUUUGAGGAAGUAUUGCACAACAGCCGUCAAGAUGAGUGAAAAAUCAAAUGGUGUCAAAUUAAAUGAUGUAAUAUCAGUACUGGAAAAGUUUGCACCUAAACUACUUUCCGAAAGUUGGGAUAAUACUGGAUUAUUGGUUGAACCCUAUACACCCAGAAAUAUAAAUAAAAUUUUACUAACAAACGAUUUAACUGAAGCUGUAGCUCUAGAGGCCAAACAACAUAAUUGUGAAAUGAUUAUUUCCUACCAUCCUCCGAUAUUCGCGCCUUUAAAAACUGUCAUUCAGAGCUCAUGGAAAGAACGAAUCGUGUCAUUACUACUAGAACAUCGCAUUUCAUUGUAUUCACCCCACACAAGUUGGGACUCUGUCAAGGGUGGUGUUAAUGAUUGGCUUGCUUGUGCUUUUCCCUUUGUUGAAUCUAUUCCAAUAAUGCCUGGCGAAGACCCAAAUACAGGAGCUGGACGCUUUUUACGUAUAGAAUCUGGAUUUAGUUUAUCCGAAGCAAUAAAAAGUGUGAAAAUUUUAACUGGCUUAAAACACGUGCGAUUAGCCCUUGGCAAAGAAAGAACUCUAACGGAUAAUAUAGGAAGUGUAGCCCUUUGUGCUGGUUCUGGAAGUUCUGUGCUCAAAAAAGUUCCAACUGCUGAUUUAUUUUUAACGGGUGAAAUGCUUCAUCAUGACGUCCUCGACGCGGCACAGAGAGGAAUAUCAGUAAUUCUCACGAAUCAUUCCGAUUCUGAAAGAGGCUUUUUAACCGGAUUUUCAUCUCAUCUUCAAAGCCAGCUCGACAACAAAGUCAAAGUAAUCGUCAGCGAAUUUGAUAAAGAUCCUUUGUCUACAGUAUAAGGUAUAAAAUAAAUUAAACAAAGUUUA